CUAUAAAUGUUAGCUUUCUUAUGACUGCAAUAUCUGUGUAGUCAAGUCAAAGGACUUGGUUCUCACUGAACAUAAUCAAAUGCCUUUAUAUGAGCUGUCCAAAUAAAUCCAAUGUGAUUUAUCUAGCCCCUCUGCAAGACCCUCUGGUCUGCAAGUAUGUUUUAUGUACUGCUACUUUACGGUUCACCAUUAUUCCCGCUACCUCUGUCUUAUUUAUGUACUUAAGCGUGUUUCUACACAGAAAACAUUUUAUUUAGAGGAUGUCACUCUUCUCUUAUCCCAAUAUUUAGUAAAUAACAUUUUCUCUUCUCACAGGCUCAUUAUGCAGGAUCAUUGUUACCUGACCAGUUUUGUGAAGUAAAUCUGUGUUGCUGAGUGCUACAUAAGCAACUAAUUUGCAUCUCAAGCACCAAGUUACCGCCGUUACUUUUGAGUCUGCCAGAUAAGAUGGACUAGUAGCACUCUCGGCAGGGAGUCCUGGAACAAGAGGCAGCAGUGUGCAUGAAGAGAGCCUAUCCACGACUAGGAUGUUGACUUUGGCCACCUUGGGCCGAACUGGUGCCCAGCAGCUUGUGAAGAAAACUAUGAGUUUAUUUGCAAGAGAUGGCAGAGGUCUUUCUGUCUCUUCACCAGGAUGUGUCUCAGUAUUAAGGACAGCGUCUACUUCCUUCGUCUGCAUAAGCCAUAACAGAUGUUUCAGUGUUUCAGCAGCUCACUGCAGCUCCUCUUCUUUAACACCGCCACAACAGCAAACUCCGUCUUACAGUUAUGUCAUCAUCGGAGCAGGUUCGGCAGGCUGUGUCCUUGCCAACCGCCUCACUGAGGAUGCCCAUGAGUCUGUGCUGCUGCUGGAGGCAGGGCCUAAGGACAAGUGGCUUGGCAGCACCAGAUUGUCAUGGAAGGUGCACAUGCCAGCGGCACUGACCUACAACCUCUGUGAUGACAAGGUUAAUUGGUACUACCACACUUUACCUCAGGCCCACAUGAACAACCGUGUGCUCUACUGGCCGAGGGGUCGUGUGUGGGGGGGGUCCUCUUCACUCAACGCCAUGGUUUACAUUCGAGGACAUGCUGAAGACUAUAACCGUUGGCAGACAGAAGGAGCAGAGGGCUGGGAUUAUGAACACUGUCUACCGUAUUUCCGGAAGGCUCAGUGCCAUGAGCUUGGGGAAAACAGGUAUCGGGGUGGCAGUGGUCCUCUUCACGUAUCCAGAGGGAAGACCAAUCACCCCCUUCAUAGGGCUUUUAUUGAAGCAGGACAGCAGUCCGGAUAUCCAUUCACUGAUGACAUGAAUGGAUACCAACAGGAGGGUCUUGGUUGGAUGGACAUGACAAUUUAUAAAGGAAAGAGGUGGAGCUCAGCUAGUGCCUACCUGAGACCAGUACUAGGUCGAGCUAACCUAAAGACAGAAGUACGUUGCCUAACAACCAAGAUUUUGUUUAGUGGGAAUCGUGCCGUGGGUGUGGAAUACAUGCAAAAUGGCCAGACAAAAAGGGUGUUUGCAGACAAAGAGGUAAUACUGAGUGGAGGAGCGAUCAACUCCCCACAGCUUCUCAUGCUGUCAGGAGUGGGAAAUGCAGAUGACCUGAAACAACUUAGCAUCCCUGUGGUUCAGCACUUACCAGGUGUUGGUAGUAAUUUGCAGGAUCAUUUGGAACUGUACGUCCAACAGCAGUGCACUCAGCCCAUCACCCUUUACAAGGCCCAGAAACCUUUUCACAUGAUCAAGAUAGGUCUGGAGUGGCUCACCAUGUUCACCGGUUAUGGAGCAACAGCCCACCUGGAGAGUGGAGGGUUCAUCCGUAGUCGCCCACACGUCAGCCACCCUGAUAUCCAGUUUCACUUCCUGCCCUCACAGGUCAUUGAUCAUGGAAGAGUUGCGUCAAAAAUAGAGGCCUAUCAGGUUCAUGUGGGACCAUUGAGAAGCACUAGUAUUGGCUGGAUGAAACUGAAAAGCACAAACCCUCUUGAUCACCCGUAUAUCCAACCAAACUACCUUUCAACUGAUAUUGAUGUGUGGGAGUUCAGAGAGUGUGUCAAACUCUCCAGAGAGAUCUUCGCUCAGAAGGCCUUUGAACCUUUCCGUGGUCUGGAAGUCCAGCCUGGAUCUCAGGUUCAGUCUGACUCUGACAUUGACGCAUUUGUGCGUGAAAAGGCUGACACUGCCUACCACCCGUCCUGCACCUGCAAGAUGGGUUCUCCCUCCGACCCCAUGGCUGUCGUCGACCCAAACACACAGGUUUUGGGUCUAGAGCAUCUGCGGGUAGUUGACGCCUCCAUCAUGCCUAGCAUUGUCAGUGGAAACCUCAACGCUCCGACCAUCAUGAUUGCAGAGAAGGUUGCCGACUUAAUCAGAGGUCGCCCUGCUCUCAUCGACGCAGACAUUCCUGUGUACAAACCAGGGACACUUGACACACAAAGAUGA